AAGGACACUGCGGCCUUACAGUGUUAAACUUGAACACUGACAUUGAAGAUAAAAUAAUAUUACUUAGCAUUAACUUUGUGAAGAAUUCCACUGAUAAAGUUUCAACCUAACCUAUUUAACCUUCAUCCCUCGUGGUUUGUCUGAGCCAAACAUUUAAAUCUAAGUUGUCAUUCGAAGAGCAUUGUAAAGAAAAAUGAUUCGUCCAGUGGUGUUCUUGAUGUUCGUGUUGGCUGUGGCUUUAUGUAAGCCGUUGAAUAAUGAGACUGAAAACAGCGAGCGAAGUGUUGCGGAUUCCUCCAGUGUUACGGGCCACAGCCUGUGGAAGCGGUUCAUCAACCCGGCGCUCUCGUUUGGGGGCAUCACUGACGGAGGCAUCUCCAAAAUGAGGACCAAGAGAAGCGUGGAGGACUGCGAGAAACUCCAACUAUGUAAACUGCACGCACGUUCGCGACAUAACUUCAUAGCCGCCUUCGAGCUCUACUUUGUCAAUAAGGAGAAUGCGCGGCUAUGGGACCAUCACGCGCACAGCAUCGCUGAUUGUGAGCAAAGAUUCAGUUGCUACGAUAGAUGAAAUAGUGAAUAGUAUAGAUGGAUCAAUUUAGAACAAAUUAUUUAUUUAUUGUCGUUUACUCAAAUAAAACGCUCAAACAUAACAA